AUGAGACAACGAAAAAAUGUGACAAAAUUUAUAAAAAGAGCAUAUAGGGAUAUGGGAGAAUUAAAACAAUAUAAACGAUAUACAAAGACACGAUUAAAUAUAAUAUCGAAUAAGGUAUUUUUAUUAAAGAAUGAAUUAUAUCCGUUACAACCAAAAAAAAAGAGAGGGAAAAGGGAUCAACAAUUGAAAACAACUUAUACGAAAAAAAAAUUAAAAAGAAUCUUAUCAUUAUUGUUUCGUAUAGGUGGAAAAAUUUAUAGAAAAAAAAUAAAAAAGAAAAAAAUAAAUUUAAAAAAACAGCAAGAACCUUUUACACAGAAUUUAACAUUACAUCGAUUAUUUCGAAAGUUUUAUUUAAAUUUAAAAUUAAAACAAUUUAAAUUAUUAUAUAAGAAAUAUAAAGGAAAUGAAAAAGUAAUAAUACAACAAUUAGAAAAAAGAGUAGAUAUGGUAUUAUUACGAAGUGGUUUUGUAAGAAGUCUGUAUGAAGCGAGACAAAUAAUAAAUCAUAAACAUCUUUUAGUGAAUGGAAAAAUCGCAAGCUUACCUGGAUAUAUGAUAAAUGUAGGUGAUAUUAUUAGUUUUAAAGAAGGGAGCAUGAAAAGAAAACUUUUAAAAAGAUUAAAAAAAGGAUUAAUAUCUAAAAAGUCAAGAAAAAGAUGGACAAACCGAAACUUUAAAUUUAAGCGAUUUCAAAAUUACAAAAGAAAAAGACAAAAAAAAAAAAAUAAGAAUAAAGUAAGAGCAACUGGACCAAAUUAUUUAGAAAUAUCACAUUCAUUAUUAUUAAUAAGUUUAAUAGAAGAGCCGAAAUUAACAGCAAUAAAAUAUCCAUUUACGUUACAACCAGAAAAGAAUAUAAAGUUUAUAACUUUAUUAAAGAAAUAUAAAAGACUAAGAUAA